GAAGUAAGCGAUACAAGCGCAGCUAGUUGACGAGUUGAGAACUAUUCACAGUAACAAAAAGUAAAUAUUCGAGUCGAAACUGUCAGUAUGGGAACUACGGCAAGUCAGCUUGGGAAGGAUUUGCUCUCGGAAUACCAAGAACUGACAUUCUUGACAAAACAAGAAAUUCUUCUCGCUCACAAGAGAUUCACUGAACUGCUCGGUAAAGAUGACAAAGACCGUCCACAAGCCAGAGUACCAAUGGAGAAGAUUCUUACUCUGCCAGAACUCAAGUCCAACCCUUUCAGGGAAAGAAUCUGCUAUGUAUUCUCAACGUCUGAACAGAAAGAUGGAAGCCUCACAUUUGAGGACUUUCUGGAUCUCCUGAGUGCCUUCAGUGACUCCGCUACUCUGGAAAUUAAAUCCCAUUAUGCAUUCCGGAUAUUUGACUUUGACAAUGAUGGAACCCUUGAUUGUGGUGAUCUGGAGAAGCUGGUUAACUGUCUGACCGGGGAGACUGAUGACACGAGACUAACAGCAGAUGAAAUGCAACAGCUCAUCAAAAACAUUCUUGAAGAGUCAGACAUUGACAAGGAUGGAACCGUGAACCUCUCAGAGUUUCAGCAUGUCAUUUCAAGAUCACCAGAUUUUGUCAGUUCUUUCAAGAUUGUGCUGUGAAGACCCCUACUAAGCUGUGGAAAUGCAUCAUCCUUAAAUUCUCAUAUAAUGGUGUUUAAUUUUCAAUUAUUCAGUUUGUGAUAUUUGCCUUAAAUUAUAUUUACCUGUGAAUUUUAUG